GACGCCCCCUCGGAUGAAUGGGGCCUGGGCUGACUGCGAACUACAGCUCCUCCGCUGGCAGCGUGGGUGGCGGCCGCAGGGAAAGGGGGAACCGCCGCGGCCCGGGGCAAGAGCAGCGCACCCGGACCGUGGCGAUGUUCAGGGCCGCCUUCUUAGGGUAGCAGCAUAGGCGGGCGCCUCCUGCGCGCUCGCUCCCCUGCCCCUACACCGGCCAUGCGCCCGGCCUUCGCGGUGGGCCUGGUCUUCGCAGGCUGCUGCAGUAACGUGAUCUUCCUAGAGCUGCUGGCCCGGAAGCAUCCAGGAUGCGGCAACAUCGUGACAUUUGCACAGUUCUUAUUUAUUGCUGUGGAAGGCUUCCUCUUUGAAGCUGACUUGGGAAGGAAGCCACCAGCUAUCCCAAUAAGGUACUAUGCCGUGAUGGUAACCAUGUUCUUUACUGUCAGCGUGGUGAACAACUAUGCCCUGAAUCUCAACAUCGCCAUGCCCUUGCACAUGAUAUUUAGAUCUGGUUCUCUGAUUGCCAACAUGAUCCUAGGAAUUAUCAUUUUAAAGAAAAGAUACAGUAUAUUCAAGUAUACCUCCAUUGCCCUGGUGUCUGCAGGGAUUUUUAUUUGCACUUUCAUGUCAGCAAAGCAGGUGACUUCCCAGUCAAGCGUGGGUGAGAAUGAUGGAUUCCAGGCUUUUGCAUGGUGGUUACUAGGUAUCGGGGCACUGACUUUUGCUCUUUUGAUGUCAGCAAGGAUGGGUAUAUUCCAAGAAACUCUCUACAAACGAUUUGGGAAACACUCCAAGGAGGCCUUAUUUUAUAACCAUGCCCUUCCACUUCCUGGUUUCAUCUUCUUGGCCUCUGAUAUUUAUGACCAUGCAGUUCUCUUCAAUAAGUCUGAGCUCUAUCCAGUUCCAGUCAUCGGCGUGACAGUGCCCAUCAUGUGGUUCUACCUCCUCAUGAAUGUUAUCACUCAGUACGUGUGCAUCCGGGGUGUGUUCAUCCUCACGACAGAGUGUGCCUCCCUCACCGUCACUCUCGUUGUGACUCUGCGCAAGUUCGUGAGCCUCAUCUUUUCCAUCCUGUACUUCCAGAACCCUUUCACUCUGUGGCACUGGCUGGGCACCGUGUUUGUCUUCAUUGGGACCUUGAUGUACACAGAAGUGUGGAACAACCUAGGGACCACAAAAAGUCAGCUGCAGAAGGACAACAAGAAGGACUGAGGUCUGCCUGGAAGACAGACCUGUGCCGUGUGCGGGAGGCCUCUGGCCUUUGGCUUUGGUUAACGCUGAAUCACCCCCAGUAUGGAACCAAACAUACCCCAGGGAUUCCUCAGAAGGAGGGCUCGUCGCCAGUUCUCAUGGCCAUCUAGACAAUGUUUGUAGACUCUUAAGAGACAGCCCUAAAAUAGAAAAAAGAGUAGUUCUGUGUUAUCAAACAGAUCCUUUGUUAUUUCUGUUUUGUUUACCAGAAUAUUCAGAACUAUACUUGUCUCUGUGAAAUUCCAAGUCCCUAGAGCUAUGAGUCUUCUACCUGUGGUCUCAGACAAGAUCAUGCCUUUGUUACUGUCCUGAUGACCCUGCCAUAACAGUCAUUUGUCCUCCUUUUUUCUCCUGCCCCCGCCUCCAUUCUUCAGCAGCACUGACCAACUGAGUGGCCAAGCAAACUCAGACCCCAGGAGCAUGGGGCUGGGCUUCCUUCAGCAUGUUGGGAAAGAAACAGUCGUCCCUGUGAGCUGAGCCCUGGUGACACUGGAGGACUGGGGGACCCCCUUCCUACAUUUUGCCUCCCCCCCCCCACACAUGUAAACGCCUGUUGCAGUCCUACGGCACCUCGCAGCACGAUGUCUGUUUCUCUCAGUGCAAACACCUCUGCUGGUCUUGUCACUGAGGGAUACUGAGGGACAGAUGCCAGAGCAGAGCACAGCUCAACGAGUGCUCAGAGCGAAGGCCCGCACUGCGUGAGCCUGUUUUUCUCUCUGGUAAUCAGAUAGAAGGAAAUAGAUAAAACAGCCACCAGUUCACACUCCUUCAAAAUAAUUUAUUACCCUUGGUUAACUGAUUUUUCAAUCUAGGUUGAAAGAUUUUUUCAACCUUUAUUAAAAGGGCAAAUAAACCAUUUUAUAGAACAUUAGACUCAUAUUUAACUGAAGGAGCCAUCUCUUAAAUGCCUUUCCCCUUUCCCUGUCAGAACUAUAUAAUUCGUGCUGCAGAGAAACAUAGUUUAUUCAUAAAAUAAUUUAGUGUUUAAGAUACCCACAACUCUACCGCAGAGCACAAAUCAGAUAGCAAAGGAUGCUAGCCAAAUGGAGUCAGGUGUGGCGCCGACCCACUCCUGUAGCAGCUUGGCUGUCGUAAAGAUGAGGGGGCAGAGACGGUGGGUCUUGGAAUUGUAUUGAUACCUGCAUAUCCUUUUCUGAGAUUCUAUUACAUUAUAAAUACUUUUUUUCAUUUUUUUGUAAUUUAUUUUUUUAUUCUUGGAUCAAACCCAGGCCUUGUCCAUAUUUUUUACUCUAUUUUCUUUUUCAUCCAGCUAAACCAUUAAUACACUUGAUGAGUUUAUGUCAAGUUCUGAUGUAUUCAGGUACAAUCCAAGCAAUCAGUGCUUUUUGGGUUUGUUUUCUUUUUCCCUUCUUCCUGCCCAGCUGACCAAAAUGAAAUGCUGCAGUGCUUUAAUUUGGUCAGCGCUGGAAGCGAGGAAAGCCAGGAAGGCCGAGUUAAUCCGUGCUAUCCAUAACCCACCUCUCAUAGGAAGACAACGUGGUAUUUUUACAGGAUUCUAAUAAAUGUCUUGUGGUCGUUUGCUGAA